AUGAAUUGGACCUCUACAGAGAUUGAAAACUCAAGAAGAUUAGUAUUGGUAACAUUCAGACAAAAUUUCAACCAUUUAACAUUGAAUUUUAAACCAAUUGACCAAAAUGAUUACAUUCCUGGUACACCUGUUAUUUCAUGUAUUUAUUGGGCUGAAGCUAACAAGUUUUAUGUUACAUCUGUGGAUCUGAUUACAUUACUGGAAUAUUUAGUUAAUGCUAAGUUCCCAGUUGAAGAAAAGAAUAGGAUUAGAAGGAAUUUACAAAGUUUGAAGCCUUUGACUAUAUCUAAAUCAAAUCCAAAGUUUUAUCAAUUCUUUCAAUUGAUUAUGAAUUUCCAAAAUCCUAAACCAAGACAUAUUGAAAAAGAUGUCAAAGUGUUGCUAUGGUCUUCUUUAAAAGACUCUUUACAAAAAGUUCUGUCCAAAUAU